UUUCUAAUUCUGGUUCAGCUCGGCUUUCCUACCGGAUGUUCGCGAUUGCAGCUGAGCUUGCUGAUCAGAGCUUCAUCAGGCUAUGGUCUCCAAUCUGCAGUUACUUAGAAGUUGCAUUCUCUCUUGAAAAUUUCAUAUUUCAAGAACUCGAAAAGCAGUUUCAACAGUUUCUGGCUUACAUUUGUAGAUAAUGAGUACUCAUGUACCAGCUUCAGGCACUCUUUCUAGGGCUAUCUCGACAACACUCGAGACCGUUCAUUCCACCAAAGCCACCAACGUUCAAAAGGAAAAUUUCAAGAAACUUUCAUCUUAUUUGGAGAGGAUAACAUUCAUUCUACAAGAAUCAACUAAGUUGGACAUCCAUGAUUCCGGGACCUUAAAGAACACGAUUAACGUUCUCACUAAGCAUGUUUCAGAAGCUAACAUCUUUGCUCACGAAUGCAGCAACAAGAACAAAAUCUACCUCUUGCUUAAUUGCAAAAAGAUCGUUAAAAGCCUAGAAAACCACACAAAAGAGAUUGGUAAUGCUCUUAACCUCCUUCAUCCUCUGAUCUCCGUCAAUGGACUUGAUCAAGAUAUCAUUAAGCUAUCGAAGAUCAUGUUGAAUGCAAAUUAUCAAGAAUCAGCCACAGAAGAGGAAAUCAUUGAGAAAAUUAAAGUGGGUAUCAGAGAAAGGAACGUUGAUAGAUCAUAUGCCAAUAGUUUGCUCGUUUCUAUUGCGGAUGUCAUCGGGAUCUCAACAGAGCAAGCAGUAUUGCGAAAAGAGUAUGAAGAAUUCAAACACGAAAUGGAAAAUGUUGAGCUAACAGAAGAUGUAGCAGAAGCUUUACAGAUUGAACAGACUGUGGCCUUACUAGGAAAGGCUGAUAUUAUUUCGACAGCAGAAGAGCGAGAAAAGAAGUAUUUUAGCAAGAGAAAUUCUUUGGGAAGGCAACCUUUAGAGCCUCUUCAAUCGUUCUACUGUCCGAUAACUCAAGAACUUAUGGACGAUCCAGUAGAAACGCCAUCCGGACAUAGUUUUGAGAGAUAUGCAAUAGAGAAAUGGUUAGCGGUUGAAAACAAUCUUUGUCCAAUAACCAAGACUCCAUUGAAAGCAUCGGCUUUAAGGACUAACAAGACUCUUCGCCAAUCGAUAGAAGAGUGGAGAGAUAGAAACACGAUGAUCUUCAUCGGUUCUAUUAAGUCGAGGAUUCUUUCGAACGAGGAGGAAGAAGUAAUCGUCUCGCUAGAAAAGUUGCAAGAUUUGUGCUUGGAAAGAGAUCUUCAUCAAGAAUGGGUGAUGAUGGAGGACUACUUGCCGGUUCUUGUUUCUCUUCUUUCUACCAAGAAUUUCCAGAUUAGAUCCUGCAUUCUCACGAUCCUCCGCAUCCUUGCAACCGACAACGAUGAUAGGAAGGAAAGCAUAGCGAAAACAGACAAUGCUAUCAAAUUAAUCGUGUGUUCCCUUGCACGAAAGAUCGAAGAAAGUAAGUUGGCAUUGCAAUUGCUUAUGGAAUUGUCGGAAAACGAUGUGGCAAGAAAUAUUAUUGGGAGUAGCCAAGGUUGCAUACUUCUUCUUGUGACCUUAUCUGGUAGUGAUGAUGCUCAAGCUGCUGAGGAUGCUAAACAACUUUUGGAGAAUCUCUCUUUUCUUCAUCAGAAUAUUGUGCAAAUGGCCAAUGCUAAUCAUUUUGGACCUUUACUUCGCCUUCUUUCUUCAGGGUCUGAAAGCGUUCAACGGGUGAUGGCUGAGACGCUGUCAGAAGUCGAGAUGACCGAUCAUGCAAAGCUUACGGUUUGUGAAAAUGGAGCGGUGGAGUCACUUGUUGCUAUGCUCUCCCACAUUAAUAUUGAGAUGAAGAAGGCAGCCAUUUUAGCCCUCGAGAAGCUUUCAGGUGUGCCACAAAAUGGAUUAAAGAUGAUGAAACAAGGUGUUGUAGAGAUUUUGUUUGGAAUACUCUUCCGUGAAAGCUUAUCAAUGCCGAAUCUCGUUGAAAAGGUUGUAGCCACGAUUGUGAAUCUCGCUUUAUCGUUAACUUCUCACAAAGGCGAUCAUGAGGAUACGCCGUUUCUGGAAUCUGAAGAAGAUAUUUUCAAGUUAUUUUCUCUCAUCUCAUUAUAUGGACCAAAUGUUCAACAAAAUGUUCUUAGAACAUUUCUUGCAGUUUGUCAAUCUCCUUCAGGUCUGAACAUCAGGAAAACUUUACGGAAGAUAUCUUCUGUCCAAGUCCUGGUUCAGUUAUGUGAACACGGAAAUCAAACCGUUAGAUCAAAUGCCGUGAAGUUGUUCUGCAUCCUAACGAAAGACGGGGAUGAUGAAACGUUCGUGGAACACGUUGGGUCUAAAUGCAUCGAGACUUUGCUUAGAAUCGUAAAUAUUUCUGAUAACAUCGAAGAGGGCAUUGCUGUAAUGGAAAUCAUCUCGAGCCUUCCUAGAACCCCGCAGAUGACUCAAUGGAUCGUUGAUGCGGGCACACUUCAAGCGAUCAUCUCCAUCCUCUCUAGUCGCAUUCAAAAACCCGAGCUCAUGAUUGAAAGUGCAUCCGGAGCUCUUUGCCGUUUCACCAUUUCAACGAAUCAAGAACUACAAAAAAAGGUGGCGGAAACCGGCAUCAUCCCGACUCUAGUACAGUUACUAGACUACGGAAGCCCGUUAACAAAACAGAACGUAGCGAUUUCACUCGCCCAAUUCUCCGAGAGUUCCAACAACUUAAGCGGGCCCGUGGUGCGAAAAUCGCAUUUCUUUAGCUGUUGUGUGUCCACACCCGAUACAAGUUGCACGGUCCACUCGGGAAUUUGCACGAUCGAGUCAUCGUUCUGUCUUCUCGAGGCUAAUGCUGUAACUCCACUUGCGAAAGUGCUCGAUGAACCGGAUUUCGGAGCCGUUGAAGCUUCUCUCGACGCUUUGCUGACUUUAGUCAACAACGAGUUGUUGCAGAAGGGUAGUAAGGUGUUGGAAAGCGGGGAUGCGAUUGUGAAGAUGGUGAAGCUGUUGAGUUCGCCGAGUGUAAAGUUGCAGGAGAAGGCUUUGAUUGCUUUGGAGAGAAUAUUCCGGCAGCCGGAGUACAAGCAGAAGUAUAAAACGACGGCGCAUAUGGCAUUAGUUGAGAUUACACAGAGAGGAAGCCAUAGUAUGAAGUCUCUUGCUGCUAAGAUUUUGGCUCAUUUGAAUGUUCUUCAUGAACAAUCAUCUUUUUUUUGAAAAUUCCUUUUUCUUUUAUUUAUAAUUUUGUUCUUUUUUCCGUGUAUAAAUUGAAUAUUAGUGAUUGAAUUCAAAAGUCAAAUGUGAUACUUUAUUCGAUAUUCAUUGAUGAAUAGAUUGAAUUUGUUUAGUUAC